CGCAAGCGCAAUGCGCAAUGGAAGGUUGAAUGUCAAGCAGAAAAAAUCAGAAGUAUUGGAGAAUUGUGACUACCGUGCAUUUUUAAAAAAUUAGAUCGUAAAAUGGCUCUCAACGCCACAAUUAAGAUUUUAUGUGCCGUAAGGGAACCUAUAAAAAUAUCCACUGCGGCGUAUCACAAGAAUGUUAUUGAACAUUACGAAAAUCCAAGGAACGUUGGUUCACUGGAUAAAGAUGACAAGAACGUUGGUACUGGACUUGUAGGAGCACCAGCUUGUGGAGAUGUUAUGAAACUUCAGAUAAAAGUUGAUGAAAAUGGAAAAAUCAUAGAUGCAAAAUUUAAGACCUUUGGUUGCGGAUCAGCUAUAGCAAGCAGUUCUUACACAACAGAGUGGGUAAAAGGAAAGACUGUCGAUCAGGCUUUGAAAUUAAAAAAUACUGAGAUCGCUAAAGAAUUAUCACUUCCGCCAGUGAAGCUACAUUGUUCAAUGUUAGCAGAAGAUGCCAUUAAAGCAGCUUUGUCAGACUAUAAAAUCAAACGGCAAAACAAGAAAGAAUAAUUUGCUUUUGGAUGUGAUAAUACCACAUCCAACCAUACGGGAUGUGAUGAUAUUACUUGGAUACUUGUAGUUGGCAUAGAAAUAUGAAUAUAUAAAUAAUAAAUCAGAUACUUGUAAAAAAGCUUUAUAUUUAGUUUAGUAAACAUAGGUUACA